CGAGUCCGCCGUACCAUGUUCCUCGCUAUAAUCGCCUUUCUCGCUCUCUUCUUCCUCUGUACCAAACUCUUCCUUCCUGCCUGGGACGAAAGACAAGCCCUAGUCGAAGGCCUCGAACACCCCAACUCUUUUGGAGAGCAGAUGCCCAACAAGCUUAGCGAUAUCACCCAACUACACCAGUUGCCACACGAAUAUGUCCCAGGUGGCAAGUCCGACCCUGAUGGAAAGAGACGUCUGAUCUUUAUUGGCGACAUUCACGGCUGCAAGAACGAACUUCUUGACUUGCUCAAAACCGUCGCUUUCAACAAAGACUUGGACAAAAUCAUCGCUACCGGUGAUGUUGUCGCAAAGGGCCCAGAUUCACCCGGUGUCAUCGAUACAUUGGUGUCUCUCGGUGCCUUAUCUGUGCGUGGCAACCAUGAAGACCGCAUUCUGCUGGCCGCGAAGUCUCGCGCAUCCACCGGCAUGGAUCUAGAAGCCAACAUCGAAUCAUCUGAUGACGUCUCAGCGACAUCAAGGGGUGCUGGACUCAAAGGAGAAGCUCUGCUGGACUACCUCAAGCCACGCCACCUUAAGUUUAUGCGUUCACUCCCUUUGAUCAUCCAUAUACCUGCUCUCACUCCUCCUAGGCACUUGGCUCUGGUGACCUCUGAUCUGGACGCCUCUGGCAAGAAAAAGAAAAAGAAGGUCUUCCAGAUUCUAAACGACAUCAACGUUGUGCAUGCAGGUCUCGUUCCUUCAGUCCCGCUCCUUCGCCAAGAUCCAUUCUCCGUCAUGAACAUGCGAAGUAUGUCCCCAACCAACCAUGUACCCAGCGAAAACCGCAAGAGAGGUAUCCCAUGGGAGCGUGUCUGGGGCUGGUACAACGACCGGAUCGCACGCACUCGUUCGCCAUUCAUGACCUGGCUCUUCGGUCAAGCCACCGAGUCAACAGAAGCAAGCGAGUGGUGGAGAUCUUGGAAUGGCUUAUACAACAGCAAAGACGAUGACGAGGAAGCACAAACUAAAGUCAAGCAUCCUCCACCUUCUGUUGUCGUCUACGGACAUGAUAGUCCUCGCGGCUUGAAUCUCAAGAAGUGGAGCAAAGGUCUCGACAGUGGGUGCGUGAAUGGCAACAAGCUUACCGCCAUGGUAUUGAACGCCUGGGGGCAAGCAGAAAUUGUCAGUGUGGAUUGCAAGCAUCGUAAAUAAGUGGCUUGUCAGCUAUUAUAAUCAUUGGCGUUUUGAGAGGAGCAUGGGCUGGGCAUUAAUACAUAUAGACAGCAUUGGGAUGGCGUUUUGAACGAUUUAGAGAAUUCGUUGUACAUCGAGAAGG